GGGGCUGAGGUUAGCACAAAUUUUCCCGAUCAUAAAGCCGCCCCGUGUCCGGCUCCGGCCUCGAACCCUUUGAUGUCACCAUUAGGCAUCUGACCUCCAAUCAUGUCGAGACCCCUGGAAGAAGCCAUGAUGGCGGUCAUCUGCACCUUCAGGGAGUAUGCUGCAAAAUGCGGGGACCCUUAUAAGCUCAGCAAGGGGGAGCUCAAGGAACUCUUGCUCAAGGAGCUGCCCAGCUUCACCCCGAGUCAGCUGAGCGAGUGCGACUACAACCAGCUGUUCAACGCACUGGACGUGGACAAGGACUGCGAGGUGAACUUCCAGGAGUACAUCACGGCCUUGUCCUCCCUCGCUGUCCUCUGCAACGAGUUCUUCCGCGACUGUCCUCGCGAUUGCCCCGCCGAGCCCACCUGCCCCAAAUAAAGCCACGUGCAUGACCUCCCCGGUCCCGCCCCCUCCCCACCCCACCCCACCACGGGGAAGGGCAGUGGGAGAGCCGGUGGCCGGGGAGGACGGGCCUGAAAAACGA